AUGUCAUCGUUGGUUGCAAGAGAUCAAGCUUCUUCAACUGCACUGGAUAUUCCGAAAUUUGUGUUUAACACCUUAAUGUGGGGUUGGUUUAUUUAUCGAACCGGAGAGUGGUUGUUUUAUUUCUUGUUACGUAAAUUUAAAAUUCCUCAUGUUCCUAAAUUUCAAUACAAUCAUAAUUUAAAGCUCUCAGAGAAUAUGGCAUUUAGAGAGAAAUGGAAAAAGAAAUCACUCUUUUCUCCCGAUGAUGAUGAUUUACGUGCACUUCAACUCUGA